UGGGCGGUGGAGGGUGCGGAUCGUCGUCCGCAAAGCCGUGCGUUCACCCCGUGUCGCGUCGACAACAGGGCGUCGUUCGUUCUGGUGCGAGCGCCGGGAGUCCGCCGGGGGUUUCGUCGAACUUUCCUCGAACCAGCGGGUCGAACCGAUCGAACCGGUCGUUCGGCCGGGUACGUAGUUCGAAUCCUGUGGCCGUGCGGGAAACCCGGGCCCCUGCGGACUGAUUUGUGCCGUGUCAAGACGAUUCCGUGUUUAGCUCGCGGCGAUCGACGCUUGCGAUCAGUGGCACGUUUCUACCGUCGUGCACCACGUGGCUACCGUUGAACGUGGCGAUCCUAUCGCGACGCAACACACCUGAACACACCUAGAAUUUCGAGGUUGGGUAGUGGCCGUGUCGCGUGCAUGUCUCUGCUAGGAUUUACGUGAAGACCUGUCUGCUGAAAUAUGAAAACGGGAGAAAGACCUUGUAGAGUUAGAGUUUGCCACGGGGGUUGUGGCUAUUCUUGAGCUUGGAUAUCAACGAAGCGGAACAGGCACGCUAAGAGAAACUUGAUCAAAGCGCGUCACUUUUGGACGGUUAAAAGUUCACGCUCGAGGAACGGUGUGGACGGACAGAUUUCUCGCAUGACAAAUUUCGUAUGUCAACGAAAACAAUUAUCACCGUAAAGAACAUCACAUGGUUCUUCGGACGAUCUGCAUCUACGAGAGAAGACGUCCGAAAACUAUCGGAUAAAAGUUGUGAGUUUAUUUGAACGGUUGAACGCGGAAAAACGUCAUGCGGAUGUAACGUGAAUGUUAAAUCGUUCAGCAUCGGAUGCGAUUAAUCGUUAAGUGUGUGUUAUCGGGGUUACAUAUUGGAAUUGGAAUUCAUUGAAGUGAAUUUCACAUGUCGUCGGAAAUAGGUGAAUCUGCUAGAUAAUGACGCGAGGAGCCUUGUAAAGUGAGAUAUAAGAUCAGCAGGUUUUGUGAAGUGACGGCAAAAAUAAGCGUGAGUGUUAGUGAAUCGAGUUUCGACCGAUAGAUCUGUCUUGUCGUCGGUUCAUAGAUCAAUCGUCAGAGAUCGCCCGCACGAUCGACCUAUUUUGGAUUACCCUGUAUAAACGUCGUGGAUUCGCGCCCUUCGUCGGUACGGCGAGCACGUGAAUCGUCCCUUAAAGCGAGAAUCGAUCGGACUGCUUGCGUACGAAACUUCGUGGACUGAUAAGUUGGAUUGGCUGCAAAGUUUGUGCAAAAAUAUGCGGAAGCUGGAUAGACAUGCAAACUUUAGUAUUAGUGACAACGGCCGCAUUAAUGAAGCAGUGCUUUUAUAUAUAUGAAGUUGAUAGGAUCGGAACAUUUUCCUCUUUCUGGUUAAGUUAACGAAUAAUUGUGAUAGAGAUCGUCAGCAAACAAAAACAAAAAGUUUACGCCUAGAAAGUUUGAAAGAAAAUCAAGACAGCUCAAUCAAAAGAUGUAUAGAGGAGUAUGGAUGAAAGAUCAAAGCCAGAUUAUCGCCAUGUAUAACGUUUGGAAAAAUUUACAUAUAGCCACAGUGUUUUCAAUCAAUAUCGAGAUAAUCAAAAGUCUACGUUUAUAAACAUAUUAAAAACGUACUGCACAAAUAUAAACAGAAACGUACGUAUACGAUGUCGAGAAAGGAUGAAGACCGUUACUAUUGGAAGAACGAAUUGUUUUAGACUGCCACCCUGAAAAGAACUUCUAUAACGGACAAAGUGAGAUUGAAGAAAAGAGGAUAACUCCCGUAUGUAACGACAUUGUUUGAAGCACCAAGUGUUUACGGAAGAGUGUGUGGAGAAACGAAAAAGAGAAACGCUUCACCACUGCAAUCUCGUUUUGUCAAAGAAAGGCAAAGCGAGUGAAUCAACUGCAGCAAGAAAUAUUAGUAGGUUCGAUGAUUCUUUCUUUCAUCGAUUAUUUUCCAUUAUCCUCUUCAUUAAAUAAUAUCGUAUAUGAAUGAAUCAAUUACCUCUUAAUUAUUAUUUUACGAGGCAAAAUAAACUAGAAUAUAUAUAAUUCUUAAAGAAUCAAUUAAUAACUACCUCCCUACCCCUUCUACAAGCGAUAGACGAAUAAACUAAUAAUUAUUCCAAAGAAUAAGAAAAAAAUCCAAAAUUUAUAAAAAAAACAAAGAUUUUCCAAAAAAUUGGAAACAUCGAUAGCAAGAUUAACGUUUACAUGCCUCGAGUUGAAUUGAUGCAAGUAAAAAGGCAUAAUAACUGCAGUGGCAACGUUCAAACUAGCGCAUAGAUCUUUUGACAACGUCGCUUACUAAAUCGUCACAGUGUGUGGAUUGGGGCGAAUCCUCGGCUACAUCGGCGGACGACCGUCGGUGGGGGCCACCAACAUGUCGCAGUCCGGGUCAGGUGGACUGAGCGACGCUCAAGGACAGAACCAGGCUGGACAAACAACGGACAGUCAACAGACAACUUGCCAGAACGGUCGUGCUGAGCCACUCGCUGACACCAUGAAGCAGGACUUGUCUAACGGUUUCGAGAAUCGAACGUUGGAUUACGAGAGAUUUACUCAAGAAAGGAUACAGCAUACCUUAGCUACCGGACAAAUUCAGGAUCAGCAGCCGCAGCAACAACAACAACUUGUUCAUCCGAUAGCGCAGUAUCCGUCAGGAAGAAGACAAUCCGUAGGAUUACCGGAAGAUAAACAUCCCUCAACGGGUCAACUGCCACCCCCGCCAUAUGGUCAAGAUAAAAGCAACGCGGACAGGGCUCAACAUGUGUCUCAGACCAGCACUCAGACGGUACCGGUGCAAGUGCAACCACAAUUUGCAUCUGAUUACGAUCAAAAUCAAUAUCCGCAGAUACGAGGACAAUUUGAGAUCAGGUCACAGAUGUAUCCGCAAACGCAAUAUUCCGAUAGAGCUGGUUAUGUAACGAGAGAUGUCACUUAUCGCGAUCCGAAUCUCUACGGUCAGAGCGGUACAACCAAUCCGAUGUUCACCGGACAGGGUCAGUACGUAACGGUUCAGCAUGGCUCACAGAUAUCUUCGCAAUCUGCCAGUCCACAGCCACCUUAUUAUUCGGGUAUAGUCGUGCCACCACCACCAAGUGGUUAUGCUCAAUUCAGUACUCAGCCACAAUAUCCUUAUAGUCAAUACCCGCAAACGGUCAUGAACGCCGUACCGUACAAUCCACACGCCAGUGUCUAUCCGGCUCAGCAAUAUCCCAGUCAACAGUCGCCGAAUCCACAAAGAUUUUCGCAAGAAAUCGGCCAAUAUCAAACGCAACCGAUCAUUCAGCCGAUCGCUCAGAAUGUGACUCACGGAAUCGCUAUCCAGACGACGGAGCGACCUUGCCGAGGACCAAAACCAAUGGUGCCGCCUCGUGGCAAUUCCAAAAUCACCACUCAUGAUCCUGGACAUAGAAAGUCUGCUAGCGUCGACGUGCCGGCAUUGCAGAAGGCAAAAUAUGAGUCAAAUCCGAUUGCUCAACAGGAUUCAAUUCAUCGUAGCGAUGGCGCCAUUAUUAUGACGGGUGCGUCAAUCGGUCCGGAUGGUCCGGAUAGAAGAUAUUUGACCACAAUUAAUCAAAAUCCUAGGACAAGACAGGAUGGUUUGUAUGUCGAUACUAAUGGUGAUCAGCCAAGCAGAGAAAAACUAGUCGAUACAAUUGCCACUGAGUGCGGUUUAUACGUAUCUAAAUCGGAGCAUAGAAAAUCCAUUUCUGUCGAUGUGACUACCAGCUUCCAAAGACGUAACGAUACAAUAACAUUUACAUUUCCUGGUGAUGGUAAUCAAGAGAUUAUGUCAGGAAGAAAAACUACGACUGGAGUAGAUGCGAAGAGAGUCGAGACUAAUCAAAUGUUCCCCGCCGAGCAAAGAAGGUUGGAUACGAGUCUACGUGUAUCGCCAAUGGCGUUUGAUACGAGACAAGAAAACAGAAAGAGCAUUUCGGCCGAUAGAAAAUCCGAAUGGGGUAAUGUGAGUCCGAAUCAAAGAAAUGUCAUCCCUCCAGAGAACAGACGCUCAGAUUAUUUCGAAGAGCACCGAAGAUCACCCAUGAAUUUGGAAGGUAAGAGAAUGGAGGAUGUAAGAAGAUCGCCUAUGCCGUUUGUGCCAAUUCGCGAAACGUCUGUUGAUCGCGCCGGACAAAAAAGUCCUUCUUUUGUUAGCCAAAAUUUUGAGAAAACUAGACAGGAGCUAGCAAUCUGGGCAGAGCAACGUCAACGGCAAGAACACGAAAGAAAUAUGAUACAAGGUCCAAUAUUUACAACAAGUCCUCGUUCUCGUAAUCCGUCGGAGGAAAGGAGAGAUAUCAGAUCAAUUCAUCCGCCGGAUGAUCGCAAAGAAUCCAGAAUGUCUCAAUCGGCCUUUCAACCUCUUCCUAAUAUUAGUCAGAGCACUAUAAUGGAGCAACGUCGACAUUUAAGACACGUUAGCGCUGAUUUGACAAAACAUAUGGAACUCUCGAGAAAAGAUUUCGAUGAGCAACCCAUUACAGGUUCCGUAGUAAAUCUCGGUUCGGUAGUUAGUACUGCUUCAUCGCAAAGAGCCAGUCCGAAUCUUUGUCAUCAAUAUCCAGCUCUCAGCGAAGCAAAAUUGGACACAAAGACCGUGUUAACUGUGGUUACUGAUUUUGGUGAGACUACCAGCAAACCAAUUGAUCAAAUCGAUCAUAUAAUUCACAGUCGUAAAAGUCACAAUACCUCAUCUAACUUGCUCACUCACAGUAAGAGCCAGACGGAGAGCUUACAGAAUACAUUGGAAAAUCAGAUUGAGAAAACAGACUCUCUUCACGCUCAACAACAGCAAUUACAGAAUCAACAAAGCCUCGAUUUAAUAUCCGAAAAGCUAAGCCAGUUCGAGCGUCAGCAAAGCGACCUCCAAGCCAAGUUGCAAUGCCUUCAGAAUCAAAAUCAGAUUUUGGACAAAGUAGCGCAAUUUCAGCAUCAACAGAGCGACUUCCAAGCUCGAUUACAAAGUUUACAGAAUCAAAGUCAAUUGAAUGAUAAGACUCAUAAGAUAUCCAGCGAUUUUACGCAACCAUUGACAAGCGAUAUCCAUCAGGUUCAAGCGAAUUCUCUUUCGAAUCAUCAAGAACAGUCAUCAGAAAAAUCUUGCUCGACUCAUCAACCAGUGCAUGGUCUUCACCAGACGCUUCUAACUACGUACCCGCAGAACACCACCCUUCAAGCCUGCCAGUCGUCUGUGUGCGAGAAACUGACGUCUCGUGUGCAACACGACAUUUCCGAUCCGAAUUCCAUUCAGAUACCGAACAUGUCGCAAAUGCCAUUACCAUGCCUUCCGCAAUUCGAUCGUGCCGACGUGUCGCGUACUUCGUUUUCCCAGUUUCACCGACUUCAGUGCCAGAUCGAGAGCCACGAAAGUGCUUCAGCGACGAGUGCCAGUUUACCUGCCAGCUCUUUCACUGGUACACUAAAGAAGAUACCACCGGAGAAACCACCACGGACGUCCUUGAUAGUGCAGUCACCAGAAACCGAGAGUAAUCGCAGCCAACCAGCCAUCGGAUUGAAACAGACGCCGAAAGCGCGGCCAACUAUUUUCGGGACAGUAGCCUCGGAUCUAAACCCCAAGGAUGGGAAUAGUCGAAAGAGCUUACCACAAACACCAGCUGGUGGUACUGGUGGAAAAGCAAGCGCGAGCAGUACUGGUUCAAGCGCUGGAAUGGUCAAUGGUGCUGGUGGCGAUCAUGAAAACAUCCGGGACGGUGCUGGCAUAGAUACAGAGCUCGCUUUGGUGUAUCGAGAUGGCAACCUCGUCUCAGGCUCACUCGAAGCGUUAGUGCAGCAUAUGGUGCCUACGGAGGAAUAUUAUCCCGAUCGGGCGUAUCUCUUUGCCUUUUUGCUGAGCGCCAGGCUCUUCAUCAAGCCACAUGAGCUUUUGGGCGAAGUUUGCGCUCUCUGCGAGCAUCAACAAAAUCUGAAUGGGGAGGGCGGCAAGGAACGAUUGCAUCGCUUCGUGCCGCGGCUGGUACAACUGUUAGCGGAAUGGACGGAAACAUUUCCGUACGAUUUCCGGGAUGAAAGGGUGAUGGGUCACGUUAGGUCUAUCACGCAGAAAGUCGCUGCGGUCGACGCCGCGGCCAGGCAGGAAGUUUCGGCGCUGCUGCAAAACUUGCUGCUACGACUGACGGCUCUGGAAAGGUACGAGGAAGGCCUGGCCAGACUGGCGACCGAGGCAGCGACGGAGCAGCUUACACAGGUGGAUAUUACCGAACUCUGUCCAUCAGCCACUGUAUUGGCACAACAAUUGACUCAUGUUGAACUUGAAAGACUUUCUUAUAUCGGACCCGAGGAAUUUGUGCAAGCUUUUGCUAAAGAAUCGCCGCAUUUAGAAACAUCUUUCAAAGAUAUGAAGAAAACCCGCAAUCUUGAGUCGUACGUUCAAUGGUUUAAUAGAUUGAGCUACUUCGUCGCGACGGAAGUUUGCAAGCAUGCAAAGAAGAAGCAACGCGUUCGUGUCGUCGAAUACUGGAUCGAAACUGCUCGAGAAUGUUUCAACAUUGGCAACUUCAAUUCUUUGAUGGCGAUCAUCGCUGGUCUCAACAUGUCCCCGAUAUCUCGUUUGAAGAAGACGUGGUCGAAAGUACAAUCUGCCAAGUUUUCGAUUUUGGAGCAUCAGAUGGACCCGAGCAGCAAUUUUAGUAGUUAUCGUAGCACAUUGAAGGCCGCAAUGUGGCGUAGCGCUGGCGCUACAGAUGAACGCCAGCGAAUCGUAGUGCCCUUCUUCAGCCUUCUCGUCAAGGACUUGUACUUCCUCAACGAGGGUUGCAGUAACAAACUGCCAAACGGUCACAUCAACUUUGAAAAGUUCUGGCAAUUAGCGAAACAAGUGACUGAAUUUAUUGCGUGGAAACAAGUUGCCUGUCCGUUCGAAAAGAAUCCGCGCGUUAUUGCCUUCCUCCAAGCGAGUCCUGUACUCACGGAAAACACACUUGCAUUAGCAUCUUUUGAAUGCGAGCCACCCGAUAACAAUCCGGAGAAAGAACGUUAUAAAGCUUUAAAGUCUGAGAUGAAUGCCCAGUGAAAGCGAGCUAUACUGAAAUAUGCUGAAUGGGAACGAUAUUGAUAUAAUAUAUAUGAAAAUACAUUUAUAAAUAUUAAUAUAUUCGUAAUAGUAGUUUAUGCGCAAAGAUGAUAAGAAGAAAAAUGAAGAAUGGAUGGAAGGAAGAGUAACAGCGGACUGAAGUAUUACUAGGGCAACUUACGCGAAAUUAUGUAUUUCUGUCUUGCGAAUUUAUCGUCAAAAACAUCUCAACAACGGUUUAGCAUUAUCAAGAAUAUUAUCUAAUUGAUCAGAACAACUGCACUAAUUUCUCCAUUGCAUUUCUUUUUAUUUUAUGUCUUUAUUUGAGAAAGAAAAAAGAAGGAGGAGAAAGGAAGAUAAAGAAAGCUAAAUUUUAAAAUAUUACUCUUUAGUUCUGAUUUUGAAUGGUCAAGUUAUUUCAACCGGUUUACAGAUAUUCAGAUUAUCAUAAAGAAACAUUAUUUGUGCAGUAUAUAAUGAAUUUUAUUUAAAAUUUAUAAUCAACAAGACUAUGCUAAUUAAUUGAUUACAUCUAAAUGAGAAUCAGUAUUUAAAUGUUAAUUGUCAAUAAAUGAGAUUGCACAGAUCGGUCGAUUUUGAUCAACAUUCAUGAAUCUAAAAAAGCAAAUUUGAAGUUUCAAUUAUCUUGGUGACCAAAAAAGUUUUUAUAGUCAACGUGGCGCAAAUAUAAGAGUUAAAGACGCUUUGAGGACAUCUAUGAAAUUCGCUCGACAAUGUCGCAUAGCCGUAAGUAUAGUUCCUAAGCCUUUGGCUCGCAGGUAUCUUUUCUCUCGAGCAAGAACCGAACCGCGACUCCCUUUAUUUUUCCGGACGAUUCCGAAUGUAACCCGAAGAAUCUCGGAUCUGCUCGAAAGAGAUGUGAUCGGCGCGUUCAACCUUUUGUAUAUAGUCCUUUUGAUAUACGCUAACAGACUCCUAGAUGUGAGAGAUAGGGCCGUUCCUGUAGAGUAAGUCUGUAAGUAAGCUAUAAGUUCGACAAGUAUAUCGUAAGGAUCGUCGUGCACGUACUUAAGAGGAUGAGGAACUAAUCGCGAGGACGGGAUUAAUCGAGACGAGAAAAAUAAGAGUCAAAAAUUUCGGCGAAAUUAGACGGCUCAACUCAGCAUGAACUCGAUUUUCAUGUUUUUGAUUUAAUUUCAUAAAUCUAAUCACUUUUUCCAUUUCUUCUGUGACGCACGCGAAUAUAAUCUAUGAAUGUAAAACAGCAUGAAAUGGAACAAUGCUCCAUGUAUAAUUCGGACCAAUGUAAUCACUGAAGUAAAUUUGGUUGCGACAAUCUCGUAUGCUUUUUUAUAAAAUUUGACUGCAAUUAAAAUCAGAGAGAUAUUCUGAAAGCUGCACUUAACAUAUUGUGGCCACAAAUUAUUCUUGUAAAUUAUAACGUAAUACAUUACGCAGAUUUACGAAAUUACGCGUUUAUUUUCCCUCAAUAUUUAUUAAUAUGAUUUAAUUUACAAAUAACUAAUUGUAAGAUGUUAUAAAUUUAGCAAUGAAAUAUAUUUAUUGAGAUGUCAAAGCACAUCUGAAUGUCACAAAAAUAAAAUUGACAAAAAUUGGCUUUUCCCAAAACGAAAUUGGGUUCGGCAUUAAUUAACGUGAUUAAUAAAUGUAAAUGUAGUGUGCCGUGCCUUUAAUCAAACAUAGCGGAAAUGUAUUAAACACACAAUUUAUAAAAUAUUAUGAGAUAAAAUUAUGAAAUACUAAAUGUCAAAAAUAUAUUCUUAAUCCGUGCGUCGCUAUUUGUCGCGAGAUCAUAUACUUUUCUCAUUAAUUCAUAAUUAUAUAAAUUUAUAAUUUAUUGGCCUUCAUACUGAUCGAAAUUACGGUUCUGCUAGAUAUAAUAUACCAGAUAAAAUUUCUUUUAAUUUUAUAUUCAAACAAAUUUGCUCAGAUAAAUUCGAAAAAAGAA